CUAUUAAUAUAACUCCCAGGGAACCAGUCCAGUCAGGUGAUGUGGAUUCGUGACGACAGCGACGAAGUUUCAUUCAAAGUACACUCUCGACUGAAGCGCUUCCUAGGAUGGCAGCUGGAGGGGGGAACAUUCCUGAAGAAGACAAGUUUCCGCAGGAUCGUGUGCUCGAGUUCCCUCGCACGGACUCCAGUGGUAAUCGUUUCAAGUUUCCUACAAACACAGAAGAAAAAGUUAAUGGCGAUGGUAUCUACGAUUACAUGAAGUUGACAACGCGCACCCACAAGGCGAACUUCGAGUGGCGAAAGAAAAUUGGUAAUUACAUCGCGCAGGAAGUUCUGCACAAAUCGAUAGGCACCAACGACAUGGGAUACGUAAUGAAAGAUUUCCCCGAUGGCUACGAACUUUAUGACCAUCACAAGGGACUUCCAGGGAAGAUGCGACAUGACCUCUAUCUGUUUGGCCCAGAUAAUUCUCAGCGAUUGUACCGUUUUCGAUCUACGAACGAAUUCUUGCCCCAUGCCUCUUGGCUUUUUGAUAUUAAUAAUAAUAAGCCAUGCAAGUGCAAAUACUGCAGUGGUUCAAAGUCGCAGGCGGGGAUCAAUGCCUCACUUGGUAUUCAUGCGAAGGCGUCGACUUCAGACUCCAAAAAAACAACGCCUGUCAAGUCUGCACUGGCGCAAUCUAAGGCUACAACGACUAGGAGCGGAAGAAGGUCCGCUCCUGGCCCACUGUCUCGUUCGCCACCAACAAAACCACCUAUGCUCUCGGAACUCUAUGAUGACAGGACCAGCGAUCGAGUCUUCCGCAGGGGAGAACUCGUAUGGGUAGUACUAGACGAGCCGAUCCGUUCCCCUGAUAACCCCGCUUUGGAUAUCAUUGCUUGGCCCGGAUUGAUUGAUGGAUAUCACUUUGAACCCCAAUCGAGUGUCAGUCGCAAUUUCUAUAAAGUUCGACUGCUCUGCUCGCCACAAUCCCAGAUCUAUAACGAGCAUCGGAUGUUUCCUUACAGGGGCUUCAUUUUGAGUGACGAGCUCAAGAAGCGCCUGGAUACUGUUCGCUCCCCUACCAAUGUCAGUGAGACUGAUAUCCAAUCCCCCCGAGAAUUUCGCCCGCUGCGGAUAUCAAUGCAUGAUUUAGAGCCAUCCUCAGAGCUACCUACGUUCGACGCGGCAUUGCUACCCUACGCUCAUGCUGUAUUUGCAACUCUUUUCGUGAAUUCUUACUUCCUUCCGUUUGGCCACUGGGAAUCCCCUCCUGGACCUGGGAGCCCCUCCGGAGACUGCUUCCAAGGGUUAUACUGGGGCGCAGAAAAGCUCUGGCUGGGGGAUGUAGUUCGAAUAAAACCAGAAGCGCGGGAGGUUGCUCAUACAUCAAGCGACGAGAUCAUGGCUGAAGCCGGUGCUACUGAAAAGAUGAGUCUGGGAGGGUUCAGUGCUCAAUUGCUGGGACGAUAUAUGAGGCAGUUGACAAGCCAGAACAAUCUUCUGAUCCCGAACCGACUGCUAAUCCCUCCCAGGAGGCUCACGUUCCUGUUGGUCCUUCGGCCGAGGGGCUCCCAGAUGCAAAUUCAUUGUUCCUGGAUUUCACAUCUGAGAGAGGUCUCCCCCCGCCACCCCCAACUAAAAUUUGGAGACGCCUUGGUCCGUCAGACCGGAUAUUACGUCUCAGCGCAGAGAUGGUCGCAGGAAGAUACUAUCCAGCUAUUCUUUCCCACACGCUCAUUCGCAUUGAUCCGGGGUCGCCGGAAGUCCUCAAUUAUCUUCGUUCGUCCGACAACCACAUCGAGCGGACAGAUCAGAUCAAUAUGUUAGCUUUUCAUCUCUCCCUCGCUGGCCUUGAAAAAGGCUGGAUGAAGACAUCCUCCUCACCCAAAUCCUUCAUGAGUUCGCGAGUCAAUAUUAUCGAGAUGUCAGAGCAAGAAGCAGAAAUGCGUCUCGGUGCUCUGGAGCAGGAUUCCGGG